CUCUCUCGCUCACCCUCUCUCUCACCCUCCCGCUCUCUCACUCUCACACACACAGUACAUGAACCUCAGACUCUGGAUUUAAUAUACUACUACUACUACUAAUUCUAACACUACUACUAAUCAGGAUGGCGUAUUGGUGGAGUUUUUCGGCGGAGACGUGGGCUCUGAUCGUGAUCCUCAUCAGUCUGAUCCUGCUGUACGGGUACUGGCCACACAGUUUCUUUAAGCGUUUGGGAGUUCCUGGUCCUAAACCGGUACCAUUUAUAGGAAACUUGUUAGAAUAUCGUAAGGGAUUCCAUAAUUUUGAUAUGGAGUGUUUUCAGAAGUACGGCAGGGUUUGGGGUAUAUACGACGCGAGACAGCCGGCCCUUUGUAUCAUGGACACAGAGAUCAUCAGAACCGUCCUGAUUAAAGAGUGUUACUCUCUCUUCACCAACCACAGAAGUUUUCCUCUAAACGGUCCUCUGCAUGACACCGUGUUCAUGGCUGAGGACGAGGACUGGAAGAGAAUCAGGAGUGUUCUCUCUCCAUCAUUCACCAGUGGCAGACUGAAAGAGAUGUUUGGAAUCAUGAAGUCUCAUUCUCGCUCGUUGGUUGAAAAUCUGCAGAAGACGUCAGAACGAGGAGAAUCAGCAGAUAUUAAAGAGUUUUUCGGAGCGUACAGUAUGGAUGUGUUGACGAGCUCAUUGUUUAGUGUCGAUAUCGACUCCCUGAACAACCCCAAAGAUCCCUUCGUAUCCAACAUCAAGAAAAUGCUGAAGUUUAGCUUAUUCAACCCUCUGUUACUCAUUUUCGUGUUGUUCCCCUUUAUCGGGCCAGUGUUGGAGAAAAUGGAUUUUGCGGUUUUCCCGACCGCGGUGACUGAUUUCUUUUACGCCUCCCUGCAAAAGAUCAAGUCUGAACGUGUGGCUCAAGAUCAUAAGAGACGAGUGGACUUCAUGCAGCUGAUGAUCGAUUCUCAGAAAUCAGAAAAAGACGAUCAGAACGGCAAAGAGACAAACAAAGGUCUAAAUGAUCAUGAGAUCCUGUCCCAGUCCAUGAUGUUCAUCUUUGCUGGUUAUGAGACGAGCAGCAGCACGCUGACGUUUCUCUUCUACAAUCUGGCCAGUAAUCCAGACACGAUGAAGAAACUACAGGAAGAAAUCGAUGAAACUUUCCCCAAUAAGGCCGAAGUUGAUUAUGACGCUGUCAUGAACAUGGAUUAUCUGGACGCUGUGAUGAACGAGUCGCUCAGGUUGUACCCAGUUUCUGUUCGUCUUGAAAGAGUCUGCAAGAAAACUGUUGAGAUAAAUGGCCUUACCAUCCCAAAGGACACCACCAUCUUCGUCCCCACUUACGCCCUACACAGGGACCCUGAACACUGGCCUGAUCCAGAGACCUUCAAUCCUGAGAGGUUCACUCAGGAGAAUAAGAAGAGCAUCGAGCAGUAUGCGUACAUGCCGUUUGGUUUAGGACCCAGAAACUGCAUCGGGAUGAGGUUUGCCCUUGUGGCCAUGAAGCUGGCUGUUCUUGAGAUACUGCAGAAAUUCGACAUCAGUCUUUCUGAGGAAACGAAGGUUCCUCUGGAGCUGAACACCAUUGGACUUCUGGCUCCUAAACACCCCGUAAAACUCAAACUCACACCUCGGAAAAUAUCAAAUUCCAACCACAUUACCUCAUAAACUAUGAGGAUAACUCAUAUUAGGUAUAUAAUGAAAUACAGUGCUCUGAAAACAUAUUUGCCCCAUCAUGAUUUCUUCUGUUUUUGUGUAUAUCUCACACAAAAUAUUUUUAGAUCAUCAAACAAAAUACGUUACAUUUACAUUUAAUCAUUUAGCAGACGCUUUUAUCCAAAGCGACUUACAGAUGAGACAAUACAAGCAAAAAAAUUUUCUAUGUCAGAAAUGGGAUCCAAACCCACGCUUCCAUUCGGAGGCCGAAAUUCUCCUUACACCAGGAGGAAGGUCUGAACCUUGCAUCUGGCACCUUAGACCGCUCAGCCAUCCUAACACAUAACAUAAAACAAAGGUGACCUGAAUAAACACAUAAUACAGUUUUUAUUUUUAUUUUUAUUUUUAUUUUAUUGAAGCAAAAAAGUUAUCCAACACCUAUCACUCAUGUGAAAAACUAAUUUCCCCCUUAAACUUAAAAUCUGGUUGUGCCACCUUUAGCAGAAAUAACCGCACCCAAACGCUUCCGAUAACUGGAGAUCAGACUUUCUUCUUAUUACUUUUUUCGUCUACUUUCUUUCAGGACUUUGGAUCAUCAAGGUGCGUUUUGGUGAAAUUAAGUCUUAAUGUUGUUCUGGGUUAGCAGUGGUUUUCACCUCGCCACUCUUCCAUGGAGCCGUUUUCCCCCAGUGUCUUUCUGAUAGUGGAGUCAUGAACAGUGACUUUAUUGAUGUAAGAGAGGCCUGAAGGUCCUUUGAUGUUGUCCUGGAUGAGUAGAUCGGACACUUCUGGGAAGGGUCACUACUGUGCUGAGUUUUUCCAUUUGGAGAUAACAGCUCUCGCUGUGGUUCUUUGGAGUCGCAGAGCCUCUGAAAUAUCUUUGUAACCCUUCCCAGACUGAUGUACUUCAAUCACCUUCUUCCUCAUUAUUUCUGGAAUCUCUUUCAGCUUUGGUGUAGUGUGUUACUGGGUAAGAUCUUUUAACCAACUUCAUGCUGUUGAUAAAGUUCUAUGUAAGUGUAGAUGUGAUUGAUCAGGGUUUGCAGUGAUCAGACCUGGUUGUGUCUCGUCCAGCUGAACCCCAUUAUCAAUGCAGUGUCAUAGAUCUGGGGAAUCAGUAACUACAGGGACAAAUACAUUUUCACACAGGCCCAGUUGGUAUUGGAGAACUUUUUUGCUUCAAUAAAUAACAUCAUUAUCAUGUAAAAUCUGUAUUUUGUGUUUACUCAGAUCACCUUUGUUUUAUUUUCUGAAACAAUUCAGUAUGAGAUAUUCACAAACAGAAGAAAUCAGGAUGGGGCAAAUACUUUUUGCAAAUACAAAUACACAGCACUGUAAAAUAAAACAAUAACAAUAAAAAGAAUAAAUUAUCCAACAAACUUUAAAUAUUGUUUGUGUUAAAUGUCAGAACAACUCUCUCUCAUUUGCACAAAUUCAUAGUGAUUUAAAUGCCAUGUAGCAGAUGUUGCUUGUGAUUUUAAUGUGAUGUAGCAUCAAAUUUAGCAUCAAAUUAAACCUGUAACUGUUCCAGAUGUACAGUGUGUGUGGAGUUCCAGAUGUUCUCACCGUGUACAUGAAGGUUUCCCACAUUUGCUGCCCAUUACAUGUUUAUAAUUUUUCUUUUUACCAAACCUAAUAAUGCUCAUUUGUAUUGUCUUGUCACAAUAAUGUUCCUUCAGGAUAAAUAAAGCUUAUCUUAUCUGAA